AGCAGUCCUUUCUGUUCAUGAUCAUGGGCUAUGACUGCUACAUAGCCAUCUGCCACCCCCUGUGCUACAAUGUGCUCAUGAGUCCCCACAGCUGCCCCUGGUGCUGGGCUGGUGGCUCAGUCAUGGGAAUGAUGUUGACCCUGAUAGUUUUUCACCUCACCUUCUGUGGGUCUAAUGUGAUCCACCAUUUUGCCUGCCACGUGCUUUCCCUUCGAAAGUUGGCCUGUGGGAAGGAGACAUCCUCCGUCACCUUGGCUGUGAUCCUGGUGUGUGUCUCAGCUCUAAUGGGCUGUUUAUUCCUCAUCGUCUUCUCCUAUGUCUUCAUCGUGGCCGCCAUAUUGAGGAUCUACUCAGCUGAGACUUCUACAUGUGUGUGUCACCUCACUAUGGUCGUUCUGCACUACCACUUUGCCUCCAUUAUUUACCUCAAGCCCAAGGGCCUCCAUUCUAUGGACAGCAACACCCUGAAGGCCACCACCUAUACAGUCUUCACCCCCUUUCUCAGCCCGAUCAUUUUCAGCCUCCAAAAUAAGGAGCUCAAGAAUGCCAUAAAGAAAAGCUUCCAGAGAAAAUUCAGUCCCCUAAGCUCCUGA